UCAUGUACCCACACCCGUCCCGCGCCUCUCGCGUGCAGCAAGCCCGCCCGAGUGCCGUUGUCGCUGCUUUGCCUAAGCGCCGCCUCCUUUCCUCCUCCGCUCGUCCAGCAGCCAGAGUGCUAGACGCCGGUCGGGCCCCGUGCUCUGCUCUUGUGCUCUCGACAGCCAGCGUUCGGUACCCCAGCAGCUUUGCGCACGCCACCCGACCUCGAUCUCGACGGCAACACCCCAAGUCUUGCCCUUGCCUGCCCUGCCCUGCCCUGCCCUGCCCUGCCCUGCCGUCGGAGCUCCGCCCGCAACCCCCGCUCCCGGCUGCUCGGCGCGCCGGUCCACGUCUAUCAACAAGUCCGUCGACGUCGGUCACACGGAGCCAUUGACGGCUGUGUUGACUGACCGCCUUCGAGGCCUUCACCUCUGGUUCCCCAACAUCGGCCCUGCGUUCAGGAUCCGCCGCCACGCCUUCGCCUUCCAGAGCUGGAGUGAAAUCCGUAGGCUUGGCUGCUCGUGCUGCCUUGUCUCGGCUGUAUCUUCGUCCUCGUCGAAAGCACACUGAUGCUGCCAUCGCCCUCCCAGGUCCCCGAACUCGUUGCCUCGCUGAUCGACAGGGCUACUCACUCUGUGUCUUCUUCGCCCUCGCAUAGUAGAGCACGUGCCUCUUGCUGCUCUCCUCUCCCCUCCUCUCCUCACCUACCUACCCUACCUCGCCCUUAGUCCGUCAUGUUUGGGUCUUUCCCCACCUUGGGUAUGUCUAUGCGAAGCUUUUUCCUCUUGUACAAAGUACCGACCGCUACAUCAAACUCAUAAGCCUCAUCCGUUUCCUUUCCUGUAUAUGCUAGACCCCUUACCAUGUCUCACUUGCCUGGUUCCUUGCCAACUUCCGUCACUGGAUGUUUCUGUUCUCCACGCCGCCCAGUCACCUACUCUUGAGUCCUUGUGUAUUGCCAUUUCGGCUGCUGCUCUCCCUUGACCGCUCCGCUAAUCAGCCGCGUCCGGCAGCCAACCUGCCACCCCAGGCCAACAAGGUUGAUCCGAAAGACAUACCACCACCCACCCCGAUCAACAUCCCGCGCUAUCAACCUUUCGCCCAGGAUGAUCAGCCGCUGGACCCUUCCUUGGCUCUCCCCAAUUUGCUCAAGCAGACUGGUCGAUCCACAGCCGUCUUGGGCCCCGUCGGCUUCUCCGCAAUUGGACUCGAUCUGAAGCCAGAUGCUCCAGUCCAGGACAUAGUCCCCGAUUCUUCCUUCGUCCCCGACUUUCGUCGAUGGGACACGCUCACUGCAGAUGAGUCUCGUGAAGAGAACCAAGCCAGCCGGUGGCCAUUAAGAAUGGGAACUCAAUCCCCCGGCUGCCAAGUCUAUCUGGAACGCAAGAAAGAGCUCUCCAACAGCAACACGGAUGCAUUUCGGACUGUGAGGCGGAUCUCGCCGCCAAAGGGAAGACAACAGGCCCGUUUGGGGAAUGCAUAUGAGUUCUUCCGCUGUCUCGAGCUGUUGACGGUGUAUUGGGAUGACCCAACGAGCCCUCCUGACCUCCCUCCGUCACCAGAGAUGUCAGCCGCUGAGGCAGCGGCCGCCAACGUGGCUCACGAGUCGCCGGCUGAUGGUUCCAAUGAAGCUGAAACGCCUGCUGUUACUCGCACAUCGUCCGGUCAGUCCAUGCCGCCCGAGUUUCGUCAGACUCUCAUCACGGCAUUCAUCAAAUUGGUUGCCUACGACUUUGGCUGCAACGUCUCCAUGUCUCGAGUUGAGCCUCGCCUCCAUCUCAACUCAUCCCCAGGACCCCAGACGCGAAAGUCAUACACACCGUGCCACUGCCAUUUCGUCUUCCAGAGCCCAAGGACCCGCGAAUCCGCACGCGCUGGCAUAGUUUACGGCCCCGUGGCAGCCGUGAGCAUUCGGCCAACAGUCAACUUUACCAUACCGGACGUCGAGACGGCCCAGUCGCUGGACCUCGCCCGAGAAAUCACGGCGGCGCUCAUCGCGGCGCAGCACCGGGCACGCGAGGGCCGGACAGAGGAGCGUUUCGGGCAGGGCCAAUGGUGGACUUCGAAACCACGUUGGGGUGGGGGUUCCGGCGGCCCCAUCGGCCGUGAAGUCGACAAAGAUGCGGUUCAAGGAGACAAGGACGCCCGCCCAAAUGAUGGCGACGGCACCUCGGCGCCACUCAGCAAGAGACCACGCAAGAACAUGUCCAUCUACGACAACUACCGCAUGGUGCGACCACCGUCAUCCGCGUGGGACCGCAAAGCCAAGUACGAAGCAAUUGGCAAAGCUCACGGAACUGACUACGAUGACAUAUUCGUGAUUAGCUCUCUCUUCCAUCACAUUUCCAUCCUGCGUGUCCGGGUGCCGCUUAGGCUGCUCGAAGUCCUGGACGGCUCGCCCGAGCUGGACGCGUCAAAACGGAGCUGGGGAAAGGUCCAGGCGUGGAGGAGCGCUUGGUACGACUUAUUCGACACGGACCAAAGGGUAGCGGCAAUGCAGUUGGUAUGGGCAGUCAUGUCAUACCAGAUGAGACAGGAAACCACAGAGCAGGAUGUAACAAUGGCCAGUGCCUGAAUAUCCGACCGAAAGCCUCGCUGCGCGGACCGACAGGUGUCGAAGGUGGCGAACAACAGGACAGGUGACGUAGCUGGACGAGCCGAACGGGCUCUCUGCAAAUGCAAGCAAGUGGCUGGAAGAGCUAUGCUUCCGCUGAGGGGUAUGAAACACCGUACAUACGGAGGAAAGGGUAUAUCAUGAGGCUACAGGUGGUGGUCAUGUACGGCAUGGGGGGGGACAUUUAUGCGGGCGCUGGCACGACUGCAAGAAGGGAAGAGAUGAGCGACACCCAGAACGAUGGAUGCAAAAUAGAUGUGUGCACGAAGAGGCGGGGCUCGUGCAGCACUGGAUGUCAUUUCCCCCCCAAAUUUCAUACAUAGACACAUGGGGAAAACCUAACGAACCCGGCUCCCAAUUGAAUACUUUAUAUGGCACAAAA